ACCGAAAGCCUGUCGGGAAGUCCGUGGUUAGUCGUAACCGCCAUGACAGCUGAUGUCUUUUCCAGCGCUUGACGUUUAGUCGGAUCAUGACAUUUUGCGAAUUUAAUUUUGACAAAUGGCAGACUCUUUUUUCGGAUUUGACACAUCUCUCGCUGGUGAUGGCUUAGAAGAUGGAUUAGAUGGACCAUUGGAAGAUGAAGAAGUUAUUGGUGAAGAAGAUGAGUAUGAUGCAUUAAACGAUGAAACAUUUGGAGCUGAUGCAACAGGUGGAGAUUGGGAGCAAGAUCAUGAGAAGUUGGCACAAAUCACCGAGUCGUGUAGGCAACAACCGCCAAGCUUACCUCUGCACAAGAAUGGUAUUGAUAUAGAUAUCGAAGAUAGCUUGUCACACUUGGUACUAGAUGAUAGAGAUGGAACAACGCCACGACCAGGUGUCUGGGACAGCCCAACCAGCCUGCCUUUACCCAGAAUUCAACAGCGUCCUUCUAUUUCAUCUACCCUUAAAAAUGUCUGUACCGUUGAGGAGUUGGAACGAGGUCUCAUCGCUAGUAGACCGCCUCCAGGUCUCGGUAAACCUCUACCUCCUCCGCCGCAUCUACAGCAGCACCAUCAACAACAGCAGCAGCAGCAGCAGCAGCAACACCAACAACAACAACAACAGCAGCAGCAACAACAACAACAACUUCACCAUCAACAGCAGCAACAACAACACCAACAGCAGCAGCAACAACAACAACAACAACAACACCAACAACACCCACAGCAACAUUCAUCGGGUGGACCAUUCUUGUUCGAUUCCGUACCAUUAGGUGAACUUCAAAUGAAAGGCCUUCCACCUCCUCGUUUUCCUCCGGGAUUAGGCCUCCCAGGUCCUCGUGUCGUCUUACCACCUCAAGUGAGACCGCCACCGCCUCAGUUUAUGCAGCACCAUAGACUGCUUCCCAAUCAACAAGGUAACAUGCUAAGGUACCCUAUGCCUCCUCAUUUGAUGAUGCCACCAGGAGCUCAAAGGCAGCCACCACCACCUUCUUUUCGUAACAAUUAUCCUCAACCACCUUAUCCAGGACUACCUCCACCUCAGUUACUGCGUCCUGAACAAACGAUGAUGCCGCCAUUUGCUAACAAUCAAAUGAACCAUCAUCAACAGCACUCGCCCCAUUCAGGAAAUCAGCGGACAGUUCAGAACAACCGACCGUUCCAUUCCAAUGACCAGCCAUCUGGUCAUCAGCCAUCUACUCACCAGCCAUUUUUCAAGAACAACCAAUACCCUCAUUAUAAUCAGAAUCGAAAUAAUCAACGGUAUCAUCAGCAGCACCACUAUCAAGGAAUGAAUGGAUCGAGUGGGCCGAUGGGUGACUAUGAUGAGUACGCUGGCCUCAUGAGUAAUCGUGAGAAACAAUGGCUGAUCAACAUCCAGCUGUUGCAACUGAACACCAACCAGCCAUAUGUCGAAGAUUAUUAUUACACUGUAUUCUGCGACAGGCAAAACAAACUGAACGAAAAUCAGGAACACAAGGACAGAAGGCAUCAUAACAACAAUGGCCACCACAGAGAUUCCAGGGAUAGAGAUCAGCAACAGCAUAUACUGACUAAGGUAGUUUACACACCCAUGCAGUUUGAAAAUUCACUUGGUAAGCUUCAAUGUGGUAGUGUCACCGCUCCUCGCAAGAUAAUUGACAUGGACGUAGUUCCAAACAAUGAUCCUCAGCAAGCACCGCAUUCGCAACAAAAAGAUUCGAAAAAAACACGUCAACUUCUACUAGAAAUCGAAAGAUUAUAUACAUUGCAGCUAAAGCUCGAAGACCUGACUAAUCCUUUAGCUCUAUUAGCAGCUGCUGAACAGCAACACCAACAACAGCAGGAAGGAGAAGCAGAAAAGAAACCAAUCAAAGAGACAAAAGUUGAACUGAUUGGCAAACUGAUAGCUUCGUUUCUACAGAUAUUGCGAAAUGAUAAAUUAGCCGCUUUGCUCAGUAUUCGCAAAGGAAAGAUGUUGUUACUUCGACUGCUACCACACAUGAGUGUAACUGAGUACAGCUCUCAGCUAGGCGAUCUGUGGACUGGAUUGCUUCGCGGAUUGGUAGUUAUAGGACGCAGAGAUUCUCACUUACUGACAAACUUUUAUCCUGAAUUUCGAAGGUGGUUACAUACUAUAACUGAUUUCGGCUCUGUUCUACGCCUAGCAAAGGCAUUGGCUGAGUCAGCUUCUCUACCACUAAAAAACAACAGCCUAGCAUUUGCGUUAACAAAUAAGUUUGGAGUAUCGGUUAUAGCCUCGGUGUUAGAACAUGCUGAAACUCUAUCUCCAAUUGAGGAUGCGUUGUCUGAUGAUUGGUCAACUUUUGUUAUGACACUCGUGGAGACGAUCGGAGUCACACCUCCAAGUGUCGCACCAUGUGAACCGAUUGCGGCUAAUACUCUUAAUCAACAUUUAAACAGGAUUCAAUCAUUAAAAAUUGAAAGGUAUGCGCCAUUGGAACUACUGUUGACCGAUGCAAACCCUUCACGAUAGUCUCAAUUUUAAAAUAUGUAAUUUGACAAGAUUUUUUUCUCGUUCUUAUUUUUUUUUGUUCUCGUUUUCCCCGUACUCCUUUUUAAAACUGAAAUGGGAAAUGUUGAAGUGUCUGUGUUUUUCGUUACCUCUGAGUGAUCUUAGCGAAUACAUAGGUAAUACUGGAUAUCAUAAACGGUGUGAAGUACAGUGAAAUGCAUUCUACACCUAGUUUCUUGAGAUGCUGUUGAAAAAAAAACUAUUCUCUUUGUAAAAGAUAUCGAAACACAGAGAGUUGUGUAUAGCUGUUGAUAGAAUUUCUUUAUUGCUGUUCAAUCUAUAUUACUUUUUUAUGACAAAGUAGCAAAAUUUGCUAGUUACUCUUUAUCAGAGAUACAUAUUUAUA